AUGUCCUUCUUGAGGAAUUUCUUCGGCACUACGCCUGUUGCGCCCAAGGACGAGAAGACUCCCGUCCGCGCCCUGCCCGCUUCCUGGUAUACAUCCCAGGACAUGUACGAGCUGGAACGACGAUCAAUCUUCUCCCGUAAAUGGCUCCUCACCACACACAAGCACCGUGUCUCCAACCCCGGCGAUUCAGUCCAAUACGAUGCCGCCGGCUUCGAGUUCAUCAUUCUCAAAGACCACCAGGGCACCAUCAGCGCUGUCCUAAGCGAAGACCUCUCCCCCGUCCACAUGCACAUCGACCGCAACGGCUUCAUCUGGGUAAACAUGGACGCAUCACCAACGCCGGAAGUAGCCUGGAAAGACGACUUCGACGGAGUCGACGAACAGCCCCGAUACGCCCACUACAAUUUCGAAGACUACAACUUCGACCACACAUGGGACAUGGAAGGCGAAUUUAACUGGAAGAUCCUCGCUGACAACUACAACGAGUGCUACCACUGCCAAGUCGCACACCCUGAUAUCCCAACCAUUGCCGACCUGAACUCAUACUACGUCAAGACGAAGGAUGGACACAUCCAGCACUAUGGGGCUGCGCGGGAAGACCAAAUCGCCAAGGGGUUCCGGAUAGCGACGACUUAUUUCUGGCCAAAUGCUUCGUUCAACAUUAGUCCGAAUUUCUUCUUCAUGCAGCGGUUUACCCCGAGUAGUCCUACGAAGUGUGUCAUGCGGUAUGAGGUUUAUCGACACAAGGAUGCUACUGAUGAGGCUUUCAGCCUUAUCAGUGAUAUGUACAAGCGGAUUAUGUCGGAGGACAAGUAUCUCUGUAUUGCAUCGCAGCAGAACUUGAAUGCUGGCGUCUUUGUUAAUGGCGAACUGCACCCUGAGAUGGAGGCUGGUCCACUUCACUUCCAGAAGACCGUGCGGGACGUGGUUAUGGAGCACCACAAGAAGGAAAGAGAAGCGGGGCAUGAGAUUUGGCCUGCUGCUGAGCGUUAUGAGAGAGCUACUAGUCAAGAAGAGGCUGCGCCGCUUCAGUCGGGUCUUGAUGAUUGGACAGUGGGAAAUGAGAUGAAGGAGUCUUUGCAUGGGAGUCUUGCCCCAGCGAUUGCUGUUUAG